AAAAUGGUGAAGUUCUUGAAACCAAACAAUGCAGUGAUCGUAACCCAAAGCCGCUACGAGGGCCUCAAAGCCGUUGUCGCCCAGUCCUUCGACAACAGCACUCGCAACCGUCCCUACACCCGCUGCGUCGUCGCUGGCAUUUCCAAGUACCCUAAGAAGGUGAUCCGAAAGGACUCUUCAAAGAAGACGGCGAAGAAGUCUCACGUGAAGGCGUUCAUCAAGGUUGUGAACUACAAUGGUUGAUUUAGGUUACAUUUAUAUGUCCCACUUAUGUAUCAUCAUCAUCUUUCGAACUUGGUAGCAUAAUCUUGUUUGUGGUUGUAGUUCGAUUGUUGUUUGAAGCAUGGAGGUGGGACAUUGUACCUGUGUUUUUGGAGAGUUGGAUUUACAUAGGCAUUCCAAUCCAAUCAAGUACUCCAUUUCUUAGACCCAGACAGACACAGGCACUUCAAAAGAAUUAGAAAUCAUGUGUACGUAUUUUCAAUACCCAAGAUCACAGCUUUGAGUAGAAAAUUGAUAGCUGAUCGAACUUCUAUAUCUAUAUAUGAUAUGAUUACCUCUA